UUAUAGAAAUUGGGAAUGAAUCUUGUGAUGUGGUCCUCUGACAGUCCCACAUGGACAAAAGAUACCACCACUGUUAGAACCUUAGCAGACAAGAGCGAAGAGAUCAGCGGAUAUUUCUUGAACCCUUCUUUAUUGCCAUCGGAAUGUUCACCAACAUCCUUGAAAACGAGGACAGAAGACAUGAGUGACCUCCCUUCUGAGAGCCAAAGAAGCAUACCACUCGCUGUGACUGACGCUUUAGAGCAUAUUAUGGAACAACUCAAUGUUCUGACCCAGACUGUUUCAAUCUUGGAGCAGCGACUGACCUUGACAGAGGAUAAGCUGAAAGACUGCCUUGAAAAUCAGCAAAGGCUUUUCAAUGUUAUCCAACAGAAAAGUUAAAUAGAAAAAUAUGAGCAGAGGCUUGAUAAAUGGCCACAUGUACAUGUGCUCAGGAGGGUAGUACAAGAUGCUUCACACAACACACCCAUGUACUCACUAUCAUGGCAUUUCUUAAAAGGGUGAACAACAGAACAAAAGGCAGAAAAGGCAUAAUGACUAAUUUAAACACACAAAUCAAUGUCAAGGACUAAUUCAAAUCAUUACCAUUUAUGAUUGCAGUAAUAAAGUGGUAAGUAUUCAAGUGGCUCUGUAUUUUCCCCCAUAUUAUUGUAAAUGCCGGUUUUCGUUUAUAGUCCAAAUCCUGCCAGGAAAGUAACCAAAUCGAAUUUCAUUGUAAAAUCAUUUCAACUGAUCACACUCAGGUGAUUCCUUAAAGCAAUGGAUGUGUUUCCUUCGUGAACAACACCCUUGGGGUGAAGUAAUGCAGUUACCUCUAAAACUGCAUCCUGUAUGCGGAGAAUGAAUUAGUGGUCUGACUCAUGUUUCUGUCAGCUCAAAAAAAAAAAAAAUUUUUUUAUUCUUUCUUAACAAUGUCCUGAAAUGAUGAUCUUAUAAAAUUCCCAAAGCACAGAAUUUCCACAAGAAUACACUUAUAUACAUGACACAGGGCAGUGGGUUUUUACUUCAUUUAUGGUGAACAUGGCUUAUCCUUUGCCCAGCCUGAAAGAAAAUGAAGAACUAGAAACGCAUGAAGCGCACGUCUUUGCUCUCGUUGACGGGCGCACGGAAGGAUUUGGGUUGUGUCCAGACCUAUGACCCCAGGGUACAGAGAUGGCGCCAGUGGGGUUUCAGUAUGCUCUGAUGCUUGAAUGACGCAACAGUGACAUUUACAAAUACACACACACAUGUAUGUCCACAUGCUUCAGAAAAGUUGUUGCUUAGGGUGAUUUGGGUGGCUGAGUAAUAAGUAUGUAUAAUAUUCACAUCAUUGUCUUCCUAUUUUUUUUUUAACGAAUGUGAUUUAAAACAAAAUAAAAAUGAGCUUGGCAUUCCAAAAAAUGCUCAGGGUGACUUGGUUACAAGUUAGAAUUUUGUUUUAUCUAAAAAAAAAUGAGAUUAAAUUGAAGAAAAACAAAUUAAUUUUUGCUUGCUUUUCUGUUAACCUAAAUCAAGAGGUGGGUGAGGGCAGUCUGUAUUUAUGCUGUCUGUAGGUAACAUGGGGAAAAUGCUAUCUAUGUUUUGAAAAAGAAGAAAAAGUCAAGUCCUAUUUAUGUAGGAGUCUGUGUUUAUAAAUUUUUCCCAAGCAAUUUCAAUCAUAUCUAUAAGGUGGUUUUUUUAAAAAAUCACCUCAUUGUGUGUUUUAAGUGCCUUUUUAUAUUAUACUAAGUGUGAACUUGUAGACAUUUUCAAAAGUUUUGUAAAGACUAAGUGGCAUUGUAUUUUUAUAACCUCAUUCAAAAGACUAAGAUAUGAAAUGUCAUACUGAUUUUUGUUUACCAUCUCUUAAGCUUCAAACAAUAAAAACAUUUUACCCUU